GUGAAGUGAAUGUGGCAGAAGGAUAAGGUGACGAUAAACCGGAGAAACAUUGGUGUCUGUCAUCACUGUGAAAUUGGAAACAAUGUUAGCUUCUUCUCUUUCCUUCCUUCAUUCCUGCGGAUUCCCUUCUUCCGCUUCUUCUUCUUCUUCCUCUUCCUUAUCUACACUAUCACAACCAAACCCCAAACCUUUCGUCGUUGAAGCCAAAGUUAGGACCCGAAGGGAAGACAGAACUGCGCGCCACACGCGCAUCAGAAAGAAGGUUGAAGGGACACCCGAGAGGCCGAGGUUGUCGGUGUUCCGAUCCAACAAGCACCUCUCUGUGCAGGUGAUUGAUGACACCUCAAUGCACACUCUUGCUUCGGUUUCCACAAUGCAGAAGACCAUUGCUGAAGAGUUUAAUUACUCAGCUGGCCCCACAGUUGAAGUAGCAAAAAGGAUGGGUGAGAUCAUUGCAAAGUCCUGUUUGGAGAAGGGGAUCACUAAGGUAGCCUUUGAUCGAGGGGGAUACCCAUACCAUGGCCGUGUUCAAGCACUUGCUGAAGCAGCUCGUGAACAUGGCCUAGAUUUCUAAAUGAAGUAGUCUCUGUCCUUUGUAUUUCAUGUUUCAAUUUGUAACCCGAGGUUUUAACAAUUCUUUAUAAUGACAUUUUCCUCAUUUCCUGCUACUUA